AUGCUCCUCACUCCGGACCACUUCUUACAGGCAUUUGAGGACAUUAGACGGACAUCGAUGACACAUUCCACGUGUAAGCUUGCCAUAUUUGUGGCCUGUUUGAACGUUGAUGCCAUAUGCUCUGCCAAGAUGUUCUCAGCUUUGCUAAAGAAGAACUUGAUAGUGUUCCAGAUGAUACCUGUGGUGGGAUAUAAUGACUUGAAAAGCAAGUUUUCUAAGUUGGAUGAGAGUAUAUCCAAUGUGAUCAUGCUUGGCUGCGGAUCCAUGGUUGAUAUGGAGAGUUUCUUGGACAUUGAUGUCAACUCUUAUUUAGAUAAGGAAUACUACGAGUCCAUGGUCACCCCGGAGAACUCCACUCAACUGGACCAGACAAAGCUUAAACUUACUCGAAAGAUAUAUAUUAUUGAUGGUCAUCGGCCGUGGAACUUGGAUAACUUGUUUGGGUCGCAGAUGAUCAACUGCUUUGAUGAUGGAACUGCCAAUGAAGAGUUGAAGCAGGAGAGACAGGCGUAUGACUACUUGAUAUCUAUAGAAAGUGACGAAGAAGGUGGAGAGGAGGGAGAAGAAGAUAAUGUGGAAGUGGGUAGUGUGGAAAUGGGCGGAGAGGAAGGCGAAGAAGAAGAUAACGUGGAAGUGGGUGGCGUGGAAGUGGGUGGUGCGGAAGCCGACAACGAAGACGAGGGAUCAGACAGUACUGAAUCUUUCCGAAAGCGUCGAUCUUCCUCGGACUUGCAGGAAAGUAUCCCAAAGAAGAAUAAAACCCUCAUUAGAGACAACGAGAGAAAGAUUGAGGAUUACUAUAACCAAGGUACUACGGUCACGACGUCCGCAUCUCUACAAAUGUACACCCUUCUAUCCACUAUCGGCGAGUCCAAUGUAGAAUAUCUUUGGCUUUCCAUUGUGGGAACAACAUCCCUGAACGCCAAUUUCAGUGGUGUCUACGAAGAAACGGUACCUUUACUAAAAGAGGAAGUUAGAAGAUUACAGUCCAACGACGAUGCUGUUCAGAAUACAGCCAAAAACAACGCCAUUGAUACAGAUAUGGGUAACAAGGCCGAUAAUAAGAGCCUCCAGAUAGAUACUGAGUACUCUCUUUUUCUCCUUCGUCAUUGGAACUUAUAUGAGUCGUUCUUUUACUCAAACUACGUCAACUCUAAACUCCAGUUAUACACCACUGAGGGUAAAAAGAAGUUGAAGACAAUGUUUGCCAGAAUGGGUAUUUCUUUUACAUCUGCCUGCAAGAACUGGCAUUAUUUAAACUUGGAUCUGAAGAAGCGUAUCAAUACAAUCUUUGCCAAGAACCUUCCGCCGCUAGGAUUAACUGACGUGAUACACGAUGGCUUUGUGCGAAACUUUGGAUUUAACGGUUCAAUAAGUGCAGGAGACUUUGUAGAAGCAGUCACGGCAUUGCUUGAGUUUGAUGGAGACCUUUCUUUAGAUAUAGCUAAAAAGGCUCGUGAAGAAGGAAAAAGAACAAACACUCCUCCGGGAGAGAUGGCUGAUUCUUUCUCUGAUGGAGAUGCCAAUUCCAAUAAUCCCCAUGAUAAAUUAAACAAGCUUAUUUCUCAAAGAGAGGAGCAGUUUAUCAGAAAUUUCUGGAAGGCUUACGAUGCUCUUUCUACAUUCGAACUAAUCACCAAAGGAAUAGUUAUCGCACAGCUUCAACAAAAAUUCAUAUUUGAAAAAGGAUUCGAAAUCAUUCAGAAAAGAAUGAUUAAAAACCUUCGAAUAUUUCGGUUGGUGGUGUUGAAAGACAGCUUCACCUCCAACAAUACCAUUACGGACAUAAGUAUGAACAAUUUCGCUCCUUCACGACAUUCUGCAUUGGUAGGAUCAACUGGUAGUGCAUCUUCUUCUGCUCUUAAUGAAAAAGAUACAAUAGAUUUUCAAACUUUAGGGUCGAGUCAGAAGCUCUUUCAAAAUCCCUUAAUUUUGACCAAGUUAGGAAAUUGGAUCCUUGAAGCUUGCUCUGAGAUGGAUGGAUCUCCUUUACCUUUGGUUAUAGCAUCUUUGGAUAAAGAUACGGGUACUUAUUUGGUAUGUGGAUUACCUCCAAAAUACCCUAAUAUGAAAGGAUUUGAUGAAAAGAUAGAUAGAAAACAGAGAGAGGAUAAAACUACCGUAUUAAACACAUUUUCAUUGGCAUUCCAAGAGAUUGCCAACAGUACGGGAGCUAAGGCCAGAAUUGACAGCUUUGAAAGCUCGAUCAUCGAGAUCAGAAAAGAAGACUUGCCUCUGUUUCUAGAACGACUCACCUUGAGUGGUCUAGUGUAG